AUGGGAAACCAUACAGUACCCACAGAAUUCAUUCUUCUGGGACUAUCAGAUGAUCCAGGACUUCAGACUGUUAUUUUUCUCUUUUUAAUCAUCACAUAUAUAUUAAGUGUCUCUGGAAAUCUGACCAUUGUCAUACUCACCUUGGUGGAUUCUCAUCUACAGACCCCUAUGUAUUUCUUCCUCAGGAACUUCUCUGUAUUAGAAAUAUCCUUUACAACUGUCUGUAUUCCUAGAUUUUUGGGCACAAUUAUCACCAAAGACAACACAAUUUCAUACAAUAAUUGCAUGGCUCAACUGUUUUUCUUCAUCUUCAUGGGUACAACUGAAUUUUAUCUUCUAACCGCUAUGUCUUAUGAUCGCUAUGUAGCCAUCUGCAAACCCCUGCAUUACACAACCAUCAUGAAUAAAAGAGUCUGCAUAUUGCUUGUCCUUUGUUCUUGGGUGACAGGCUUCUUAAAUAUUUUCCCACCAGUUAUUCUUUUUCUCCAAUUAGAUUACUGUGGCUCCAUUGUCAUUGAUCACUUUGCCUGUGACUAUUUUCCCCUCUUGCAAUUGUCCUGCUCAGACACCUGGCUUCUGGAAGUGAUUGGUUUUUAUUCUGCAACAGUGAUUCUGCUUUUCACUUUGGCAUUAAUAAUUCUAUCCUACAUGUUCAUCAUUAGGACAAUUCUAAAACUGCCUUCUGCCAGCCAGAGAAAGAAGGCACUUUCUACAUGCUCCUCUCACAUGAUUGUCAUUUCCAUCUCCUAUGGAAGCUGCAUAUUCAUGUAUGCCAACCCUUCAGCAAAAGAAAAGGCAUCAUUGACCAAAGGAGUAGCUAUUCUGAAUACUUCUGUUGCUCCUAUGAUGAAUCCAUUUAUAUAUACCUUGAGGAACCAGCAAGUGAAGCAAGCUUUUCAGGAUGCUAUUCAAAAGGUUACCUUUUUCUCUGGUAAAUGA